AUGCCUAGAAUACUAUUUUGUGCAAUUAUAAAUUUAAUGUUUUUUAAAUUGGUAAAAUGCUCCGAAAGGCGUCACGUGCAACCUCUUAUUAUUAAUGGUGAAGAUGCAAAAAUAGAAGACUUCCCACACAGCGUUUAUAUAUAUAUGGAUUGCUCCGAUAUAUGGACAUGCGGAUCAUCAAUUUUAAACCAAAAAAUACUAUUAACUGCUGCCCACUGUUUGAUACAUGUGAAAUUGUGUAAAGGACAAUUACACGCUUUUGCAGGUCACGAAAAUAUACAUAAGGCCGUGGUGACAAGGCGCGGAAAGAGUAUAUUGUUCCACGAAAACUACGAUAGAAAACCAUACCUCAGAAACGAUAUUGGAUUAAUAUUUUUAGAAGAAAGUCUACCUUUAGGAAACACAAUGAAAAGAGUGGUACUUACCAAACAAAAUAGUGUCGGCCUUACCGCCAUGAUUGCGGGAUGGGGAAUCAUAAAUGACGAAACAAAAGAGGGCACCUUUAUUCUGAAGUCUGCCACACAAGUAGUAAGGGAUAUUCGCACUUGUCACUUAUGGGGAUUGCGACCUGGUUUGAUGUGCGCAGGCAGUACCAAUAUUGAUCUGCCAAGACCUACUCAAGGAGAUUCCGGGAGUGCUCUUGUCGUAGAAAAGCAUAAGCAGAUCGGCUUAGUAUCCUUCAGAUACCCAUCACACCCUGGUCUUAUAUUUUACACAAACACCUCUUACUUUUACGAUUGGAUUAAAGAUAAUUUGCGAUUAUUAUUAAACUAUAAAAAUAAAUAUGCCCAAAAUGAAAUAAAAAAAAAUAAAAAUUAUUACGAAAUGAAAUAUUAA